AUGUCCAACAACAGUGUGCCAGGCUCUGACAUCAAGCCUUGGGCUCGUCCAGAACCCAGAGAUUAUCUUUUUGCAAAUGCCAACGUCGUUGACGUUCAAGGAGGGAAGAUCCUUGAACACUCGGCUGUGAUAACUCGCCAAGGCAAGAUCCAAUCAGUCUUGUCGUCCUUGCCAGACCCCCUUCCGACCGAUCUCACUAUCAUCGAUUGUGAAGGCCGCUAUCUUUGCCCUGGACUUUUUGACGCUCAUGUCCAUCUAUGUGCUGUUCCUGGAUUUAACGACCUUUCCAAAGCUUUCGGAAACCCCAAUGAUGUCCACUUGCUCAGACAGCCCUACACGGCUGCUCAGAUGCUGCACCGUGGUUUCACCAGCAUCCGCGACUGUGGCGGCGCACAAUUAGCCUUAAAGGAGGCUAUUGAAGAAGGCGUUUUCCCCGGACCGCGUGUGUUCAUUUCCGGACACGCUCUGUCCCAAUCCGUCUGCAACGGCGUCCCUGAGUGCAUGGCUGCUGUACGCGAAGAGAUACGCUGCGGAGCAGAUUUCAUCAAAAUCAUGGGAUCUGGUGGUGUGGCAUCCCCAACCGAUAAAUUGGAGCACUUGCAGUUCACAUCGAGCGAGAUUCAAGCGAUGGUUGAAUGUGCCAAUAAUGCCGGAACUUUCGUUACUGCUCAUGCCUACACGAUGGCAUCGGAGCAGUGGAAGGGCUUUUUGCCCCCUGAGUCGCAGGCGAAAAACACCCAAGUACUCAAGUCUGGUCUUGAGGCCCUGAAAAUUGCUGCUGAGGCAGGUGUCACGAUGUGCUACGGCUCUGAUUUGCUCGGUCCUCUGGGCUCGGCUCAGACACACGAGUUUGCGUUGCGGUCACAAGUGUUGAAGCCGUUGCAGAUUCUCCGCAGUGCGACGAUUAACCCCGCGAAAAUGAUGGGUUGGGAGGACGCAAUUGGUCAAGUCAAAGAAGGAUUCCAUGCAGAUUUGAUUAUUUUGAGCAAGAAUCCCUUGGAGGAUGUGACUGUAUUUGAUGACCCUGAACGGCAUGUCUUGGGGGUAAUGAAGGAUGGUCGCGUGUAUAAAAGUCGCUGGAGUGCGCUGCCUGAGGAUUCUGAAAUUCCGGUAAGAGUGAAGUAUAAUUGA